AUGGACAAACGGCGGCCCUCGUGCUGGGCGGGUGUGGUGUUGACACUUGGUGGUGGUGGUGAUGUAAGAACGGCUGGAGUGUCUCGCCAGCUCACUCACCGCCGGCUCACCCACCGCCGGAUCACCCACCGCCGGAUCAUCCACCGCUGGAUCAUCCACCGCCGGAUCACCCACCGCCGGAUCACCCACCGCCGGAUCACCCACCGCCGGAUCAUCCACCGCUGGAUCAUCCACCGCCGGAUCAUCCACCGCUGGAUCAUCCACCGCCGGAUCACCCACCGCUGGAUCAUCCACCGCCGGAUCACCCACCGCCGGAUCACCCACCGCCGGAUCACCCACCGCCGGCUCACCCACCGCCGGAUCACCCACCGCCGGAUCACCCACCACCGGCUCACCCACCGCCGGAUCAUCCACCGCCGGAUCAUCCACCGCUGGAUCAUCCACCGCCGGAUCACCCACCGCCGGCUCACCCACCGCUGGAUCACCCACCGCCGGAUCACCCACCGCCGGCUCACCCACCGCUGGAUCACCCACCGCCGGAUCACCCACCGCCGGAUCACCCACCGCUGGAUCACCCACCGCCGGAUCACCCACCGCCGGAUCACCCACCGCCGGAUCACCCACCGCCGGCUCACCCACCGCCGGAUCACCCACCGCCGGAUCACCCACCGCCAGCUCACCCACCGCCGGAUCACCCACCGCCAGCUCACCCACCGCCGGAUCACCCACCGCCAGCUCACCCACCGCCGGAUCACCCACCGCCGGAUCACCCACCGCCGGAUCACCCACCGCCGGAUCACCCACCGCCGGCUCACCCACCGCCGGAUCACCCACCGCCGGAUCACCCACCGCCGGAUCACCCACCGCCGGAUCACCCACCGCCGGAUCACCCACCGCCGGAUCACCCACCGCCAGCUCACCCACCGCCGGAUCACCCACCGCCAGCUCACCCACCGCCGGAUCACCCACCGCCGGAUCACCCACCGCCGGAUCACCCACCGCCGGAUCACCCACCACCGGCUCGCCCACCACCAGAUCACCACCACCUUCUACACUGUACCGACGACAAGCAUAGCAGACAAGAUCUCCACAGACAGUUAA